GCAGGCGACUGGUUGGAGCUUUACACCUGGUGGCCAAGACUCAAUCGAGAAGUUGAAGUUGAAGUACCGAGUAUCCGAUUUACCCAAAAGUAUAGGAGAUUUUUUGGAGUGACGCCUCUCGUGCGGUUUUGUUUUGCUUUGGACUUUCCACCACAACGGAAACAAUUUCGGUGUGAAAAUUUGCAUAAAAUUACCUACGCGAAACCGUCAAAGAAAACCGAAAACGUUAAGGAAAACGAUUUAAAGCCUUUUGGUUUGGGCAGUUUUUCAAGCUUGCAAAGUGCGUGUGAAACUGGUCGCGGUCCUGUGGAUUUACAUAACACCCGAAAGGACCGUCUUCGGUGCUUAGUGGCUCAAUAUCAAUCUAAGGCUUUGUUUCGAUCCGAAAUUCGAUAAAUCUCGACUCCAGAAUGCAGCCCCUCAAGCGCUUCACACAAUGCGGCAGCCUGACCAUGCUCUUUGGCAUCUUUAUCAUCCUGUUCGGGGUCAGUUCCACGGCACUGACCACUUUUGGCAAGACCAACAACCAACCGCCGCCCACACACGUCCCCAUUGUAAAAGGACGAGAGUGCACUGCCCACGAUGAUUGCACGGCGAUAGAUCGGACCAGCUGCGUCAAGGAUCCAAAUGACUACAAGUUGCGUUGCCUCUGUGGUGAUGACUCCCCUCCUUCGGGUAGUAACUGUCCGGAUGUCCUUAAAGGCCUGCGACACAAGUGCAACAGCAACAACGACUGCGAGGAUGGAAUGGUCUGCCAGUAUGAGAACAGCAACCGGACCAUCGGAGUGGCCAAGUUCAUGUCCAGCAAGACCAAGCUGUGCCUGUGCGACAACGAUAACGGAUAUGUGGAGGACAUCCUGCACGACAUCUGCAGUGGCGCCAAUUUCCAAGUCCUGGUUAGCUUCUUGGCCUCGAUAUGUUCGCUUCUGGCGCCCUUUUUGGUAUCCGCUCACAUGCGAAAGCAUUUCUAGAAGGCGACCGGAGGAGCUGGAAGUCGUAGUUUGGCCUAUAUCUCCCCUAGUGAUCCAUCAAAUGUGCCUCAGUGAAACCAACAGAAACAAAAACUCAUCGUACCCUCUCCCCCUCUCAUAUAA